AUGGAAACCCCAUCUUCGAACGGAUCCGUUACUAAGCGUUCUCUGAGGAGGAAAGUGAAUUUGAGGAACUAUGAUGAGGAUCUGAUGGAUGAGUUGUUUGAGAAGCAGUUGGGAGGUGGUUUGAAGAAAAGGAGUAGGACCAAAGAGGAUUUGGAGAAGGAGACCGAGACGGAGGCUAUGAUUGCGAUGUCACUUGGUUUUCCCAUUGAUGCUUUGCUUGAGGAGGAGGUUAGGGCCGGGGUUGUGAGGCAAUUAGGUGGGAAGGAGCAGAAUGAUUAUAUAGUCAUCAGGAAUCAUAUCUUGGCUCUGUGGAGGAGGGGGAAUGUGAGGUUGUGGUUGAGUAAAGGAAUGAUUAGAGAAACUGUGAGCAAUGAGUAUGAGCAUUUGAUUAAUUCUGCUUAUGACUUCCUUCUGUAUAAUGGCUACAUAAAUUUUGGGGUUUCGCCGGCAUUUACUUCUCAAUUGCCUGAGUCAAAUGAGGGAACUGCUGUUGUUAUUGGUGCUGGCCUGGCAGGAUUGGCAGCCGCAAGGCAGCUGUUGUCGUUCGGUUACAAGGUUGUGGUUUUGGAAGGUAGGAGCCGGCCUGGUGGGCGAGUUUAUACUCAGAAGGUGGGGCGUGAGGGGAAAUUUGCUGCUAUUGAUGUUGGUGGGAGUAUUAUCACUGGGAUUCAUGCUAACCCUUUAGGGGUUUUGGCUCGACAGCUUUCUAUACCACUUCAUAAAGUCAGAGAUAAUUGCCCUUUAUAUAAGCCAAAUGGAGCACCGGUUGAUACAGAAAUGGAUGCAAGUGUUGAAUUUGUAUUUAAUAGGUUGCUCGACAAGGUUAUGGAGUUAAGGCAAAUUAUGGGUGGGUUCGCAAGUGAUACCUCACUUGGUUCGGUCUUGGAGAAGCUCAGGCAGUUAUAUAGUGUGACCCGAAGUACUGAUGAGAGGCAGUUGCUUGAUUGGCAUCUUGCAAAUUUGGAAUACGCAAAUGCUGGGUGCCUUUCAAAUCUUUCGGCUGCCUAUUGGGAUCAGGAUGAUCCUUAUGAAAUGAGUGGUGAUCACUGCUUUCUUGCUGGAGGUAAUACAAGGUUGAUAAAAGCAUUAUGUGAAGGGGUUCCUAUUUUUUAUGGAAAGACCGUCAAUACUAUAAGAUAUGGGAAUGAGGGUGUUGAGGUUAUUGCUGGGGACCAAGUCUUUCAAGCAGAUAUUGCCUUAUGUACCGUGCCUCUUGGAGUUCUGAAAAAGAAGGCUAUCAGUUUUGAACCUGAAUUACCUGCAAGGAAACUGGCAGCAAUUGAGAGGAUGGGGUUUGGGCUGCUGAACAAGGUUGCCAUGGUUUUUCCUCAUGUUUUUUGGGGGGAAGACCAAGACACAUUUGGAUGUCUCAAUGAAUAUAGUCAUCAACGUGGGCAGUUUUUCCUAUUUUACUGUUACCACACAGUUUCUGGAGGCCCAGCACUUGUUGCGCUGGUGGCGGGUGAAGCUGCACAAGUCUUUGAAUCCACAGAUCCUUCCAUUUUACUCCAUCGGGUUUUGACUGUUUUAAAAGGUAUCACAAUUAUUUUAUGA